CUAGAAACCCCAAACCACCGGCGCCUUUCCCACUGCCUGGUGCUCCUAAACCCACCACCCCUUUUCGCGCCGGAGUACGAAAACCAACCGUUGAUUAUCCAACUAAACCUCCAACACACUCCUGCACUGAUUAUCCGGUUAACAUCUUUCGAGAAAAUUUUAAAAAAAAUCCCAGAAGAAAAAAGAACAAUGCCCCGAACUAGUACUGUAGAUAACCCCGGUUGCCCUCCACUUCGAGCUUUAACCUUCGAUAGUCUUGGCUUAAUAAAAGUUAUUGAAGCUAGAGGGCAGGAAAAAUCAGUUCCUAAGGUGGUGGAAACGUGGGGGGAACCUGAUUCUACAAGAGCUAUUGUUGCUGCAUCGAUUAUCGACCGUUUGUCAGAACCUCUGUUAGGUGUUGCUCGAAAAAAUGGUUUGAUUGAAAUUCUCUGUCCUGUCAAUGGAAACCUUCAAGCUUCAAUUCCCAAUGCUAGUCAAACUGAUGUAUGUCCUGAAAGUGACGCCAUUGUUGGUUUGCAUUUGUUCAGGAAGCAGAGUAUUGAGUCAUCAUCCAGAUUAUGUACCUUUCUUACAUGUACAAUUAAAGGGCGCACAACCAUGAGGGCUAUUGAAAUCCCCCAAUCACAAACAGAUAGUAUAGGUGAUGCUACAGAGACUACUUGGAAUGCGUGUGGUUCUGGUGACAUCUUAUUUGCCAAAGUGGAUGAAAGUGAAUGCUAUGCAUUAUUUGGAGGGAAAGGAGUUGAGGUUAAUAUAUGGGACCUUCACACAAGUUCAAAACUCUGGAAUGCCAAAUCUCCUGUUAAAAACAGCCUUGGCAUAUUUAGCCCAACAUGGUUCACGUGUGCAUCAUUUUUAGGCAACGAAGAUCACCGGAAAUUUGUGUCAGGCACUAACUUUCACCAGGUGCGUCUUUAUGAUGUUUCUGCUCAACGAAGGCCCAUCAUGUCAUUUGACUUUCGAGAGACCGCUAUCAAAUCUGUUGCUGGAGACCUAGAUGGACAUGCAAUUUAUGUUGGAAAUGGAUCAGGAGACUUAGCUUCUUUUGAUAUUCGCACAGGGAAACUGUUGGGAAGCUUCAUUGGGAAAUGUUCUGGAAGUAUUAGAUCCAUAGUGAGGCAUCCAGAACUUCCUGUGAUAGCAUCCUGUGGGUUGGACAACUAUCUGCGCAUUUGGGAUAUAAAUUCACGACAACUUUUGUCUCCGGUUUUCUUGAAGCAGCAUCUUCACGAUGUUGUUUUUGAUUCUUAUUAUAGAAAUGGAAAAGAAGUUGCUCCUGCUGAUUUGCCACAACAGGAACAAGCUCCAGACAACAUAUCAGAUGGAACUGAUGAAGGUGCACUACCUGCGAAACGGAAAAAGGCAUCCACAAUGCACAAGGGAAACAAAAAUCUCAAGUCAAGGAAAAUAAGCAAGAACAAGGAUCUGCUGCCUCAGCCAAAAGAUUUCAGUGAAAUACCAGAUAGAGUUGUUGAGGAAAUGGUAUCAGUGAAACGUAAAAAGGCAUCUAAAGUACACAGUGGAAGCGACAAAGUCAAGAAAAAAAAUAGGAAAGAACAGCGAUUUGCCAUAGAGUGAUGAGUUCCUUAAUUAAUGAGCUGCUUAACUAGUCAGUUGGAGACGAGAUGCAUCAGGAUCAGUUUUUGCUCUGGGAUCAUAAAUGUAAAUCCUCGGCUCCUGUUGGAUAGGAUGCAUGCUGUAAGUUGUUAGCAGAUUGAAAUACUCAACCUCAGCUCUGGAGGGUAGAUGGAUCCUAGAUGUUUGGCUUCUAUAGAUUCCUUUUGACUGUAGGAUCUCAAAUUUUGACUCUCAGCAUUUCAUGCUAAAAAAUCUGCUUCUAAAAUGAGUUUUUUUCACUUUGUUUUCUUGUCUGUGCCA